CUCAACGCGUGCCUGAUUACAGCUGCCUGCAGACCAUACUGAACUCAGUCCAAACCAGAAUCACAGUCAAAACAGCUGUUUGUCCCAAACACAAGAUACUUCUGCGUUUGCACAUCAACUGUGGGGUCAAUUGUCAACCCGGUUGACUGCGAAGACAUGAAGAAUUCACAGCUAGCAGGUAUCCCGCGCAAAAGCGAUUAGGUAAAACGCGGGCCCAAGCACGGGCCCUAUGGGUCCCUCAAGGUCCCCGCACCAAGACAGCUCUGAAGUUUCCGAGAAGGGCGCGUGCAGGGGCCGCAACGCAUUCCAAGGUACACCGUGCCUGUGCACACCAACGCCAGUGCAAUGAGCCGAUGACUGAUCGAGCGCGAUGCAAGGGGAAGGGGCACCAACAAGGGUGAACCCGCGUGAACUGACACGCCGUACGGUUUUGGCGGGAAGCGUUAGGAGCCAACUCAGGCCAUUCGUGACCUUGAUUAUCUGUGUGGAAUGUCCAUAGCGUCGUCAGCAAGCUACUAGGCUCCAAAUUCCUGGAGACAGAUACUUGAAAUUUGCCAGAACUCGAGAGACAGCCAUUCUGUUUUACAGUUCCUUUUGCGCUUUGCUGUGAUUUAUUAUAUGCCACAAAUAUAAUCGAGCGCGUUUGCGGCACUAUCGCUGUGCCAGUGAGAAGAACAUGCACUUAGCGCGCUGAGUGCGCGAGCGACUAUGCCGGCUUCAGAAGCAUCUAUUUACUGGAAUGUUCAUAAGUUAGCCGAACAUAUCUCCGACAGCCAAGCGGGCGAUUCGAGUCAACGUGGAAUCGAUGAACGCGAGCGCCUGAGAAAGCGCCUGCUCAGCGUAGCUUAUGGAGCAUUGCUUGAUACCUUGGACGAGCCCUAUCCUGAAGUCACACCGGAGUCUCGCAGGACUCUCAAUGCGCAGCUGGCAUCCUCGGAGCUACUGCGGCUGCGGGCGGCCAGCCGGCACGGCACAGCGGCGCGGCUGUCGGCGCGGCUGGAUGAGCUAGGCGGCCUGGGCGGCGACGUGGACGACACGACGGCAUCUGCGGAGGGCGACGGAUGCGGCACAGACGAUGCAGACACCUCUGCCUGCCUGCUGUCGCUGCUGCUCGCACUGCGCGGCGCAGCCACUGAGCAAGCUGCAGGCGGUGCCGCCGCCGCCGUCGCCGCGCUGUCCGCGGCCGGGCUGCAGGUGGAGGCCGGCACGCUGGGCAGUGUCGGUGCGCAGCUGGGCCUGGCGCCGGGCGCCGUCACCACCGCCUACGACGGCGUGCCGAGGGGGCGGCGGUUCAAGCUGGCGCCGCCGCCCGUGCCGCGGGGCCUCACGCCGCCGCCGCCGCCGCCCCUGCCGGCGCAGCAGCCAGCGGAAGCUGCUAGGGGCGCGGCUGGCGGUGAAUGCGGCGGGGGCCGGCAUGGGAACAGGGAGGCGCUGGCCGGCACCGCGGCACCGGCAGCGGCGGCCCAGGCCCACACGUCCGUGGUGGGCGCGCUACUGGGCCCAGCGGACACGACACUCCCAUGCCUCCUGCCGCCAACCCAGCACCAGCAGCAGCACCAGCAGCAGCACCAGCAGCAGCUGGCGCCACGGCUUCCGCUUACGGAGCCGGCGGCCGCGGCGGCCAGGGCGGCCGCAGUCCUUGGCGGCGGCCCUGGGGCAGGCACCGCGGCAGUCGUUGCCGCAGACGUGGCCGCUGCGGCUGACACCAACGCCGCGGCAGCCGCAGCCGCCUCUGGUUUCAUUCAAGGCAGCCAUGAUGGCGGCGGCGGCGGCGGCAUCACGAGCUGGUUUCCCUUCCGUGACGCCGCGGGCCUGCCCCUGGCGCCGGCUCUUGGGGCGCCGCUGGGGGUGCUGCUUCAGCCGGCGGCAGGCGGGCUGGCAGCGCGCUGGGCGGUGGCGCCGCUGGCGGCACUGGAGCAGGCGGCCCUGCGGUCGGGGGGCCUGGCGCGUGAGGCUGUAGCAGACCGGCCGACAGCAGCUACAGCGGCAGCGGCUGCAGCUGUGGGCGGAGGUGGUUCAUCAGUGUCGCAUGCUGCUCCGCAAGGCAGAGCCGGCGCCGCCGCUGCCGCGGAAACGCUGCCGGCUGUGACUGCGGGCGCGGCGGCUGCGGCUGCGGCGGGUCUGGUGCACACGCGCUUCGGGCACGUGAACCCGCUGCUGAUGCGGCUGAGCGGCAGUGUGUCGGAGUGCUUCGCGCUGCUGCCGCCGCCGCCGCCGCCGCCUGAGGCAUCUGCGGGUGGACCUGGGGACCACCUCCAGGGGCAGCAGCAGCAGCAGGGCACUGUGUCAGAGGGCGAGGCGGCGGUCGCGGCCGGGGGCGUGGAGCUGGAUGCAGGAGGACAGCCGGCAGCCCUGCAGGCAGCGGAGGAGGAGGCGGCAGUCAUCCCGGCACCCUUCAGCCUGGCGGCGCUGGGCGUGUCAACGCGCGGCCUCGGGGCCGGCGGCUGUGGCAGCGGCCGGCUGGGCUGGCUGGGCGGCGGUGUGGGGGCCGCGGCGGCCCUACCCCAGCUCCUGCCGCCGCCACAGCUGCUGGCGGGGGCGCCUUGGGCCGCGGCGCCUGUGGAGCCUCUGCUGCUGCGGCCGCCGCCGGCCGGUAGCGCCUGGCUGGCGCCGCCGCCGCCUUCGGCUGUGUUCCAAGCGCCGGGAGAAGCUCAGGCGUUGGUCGUGGCGAAUGGGUGCGCGCUCGGCGCCCGUGGCGGGCCCGACCCCGGCCCCGGGGCGCGCGCAGCUGCUGCUGCUGCGGCGGCUGCGGCGGCGGGUGCUGAGGCGCUGGUGUACGAGGUGGCUGUGAUGGCGCUGCAGGGCGGCAGCGCGGCGCUGUGGAUGCUGCGGAGUGGCGCCAUCCGCUGCCACACGGUGCGGCUGGCGGCGCAGCGGCGGCUGCUGGCGGCGCUGUGCGACACCGGCGAGCUGCGGCUGCGGCUGGGCGCCUUCGUGGCCGCACACGACGGCCCGGGUGGUGGCGGCGGCGGCGGCGGCGGCGGCGGCGGCGGUGGGGAUGAGGCGCUGGCGGCGGUGGCGGGCGCGGUGCGGCAGCUGCUGCAGCUGUACGACAGGGAGCUGCUGGAGCUGGCGGAGCUCCACCGCAGCUGCGUCGGCGCCGCCGCCCGCCAGCGGCACUACGGCGGCGGCGGCGGCGGCGGCGGCGUUGCUGGCGGUGGCGGCGGUGGCGGCGGGCUGCUGGGUCUGCACCUCAGCCUCACGCCGUUGCGCACGCACCUGCAGCGCCUGGCUGACGUGUGCCGCUGCUCGCCCGACCCCGCCUGGGUGCCGCCACACCACCAUCUCCACACCCACCACACCCACAUCCACCACGCCGCUACCGCGGCUGUGGCUGCGGCCCUGGCGCCUGUGGCUCUGGCGCCGUCGCUGUGGCAGGUGGCGGGCUUCCCGCGCGGCCCGGCCCUGCUGGACCACCUGUAUGGCGCGCUGCUGCAGUCGGACCAGGCCAAGAUAGCGCUGCUGCGGCUGCUCUUCACCGCCGCCGCCACGCCCUACCUACGCCGCGUACGGGCUUGGAUGUACGACCCAGACUACAGCGGCGGCGCCUCUGGGGCCGCCAUGUCGGCAGCGCCGCCGGCGCCGCCCGCCUUCGGCUGUGGGCUGCAGCGGCAGCUGGCGGCGGCUGGGCUGCAGAUGCGGCUGCUGCACUCGCUGGGCGGGGAGCUGGGGGCGGUGGCGGCGCGGCUGCGGCGCAUGGCGGCUGUGGAGGCUGAGGAGGCCAGGCUGGUGGCGCAGCAGUACGACGAGCCGGCGGCGGUGGCGGUGGCGGCUGCCUCCAGUGCCGGCACCGGGGCCGCAGCGCUCGAGGCAGCGGGCGGCGGCGGCGGCGGCGGCGGCGUGGGUUUGCUGGCGCUGUCGCUGACCGGGGCCCGUGCCAGCGGAGGCGGGGCAGGGGCGGGGUCCGGGGUCGACUCAGGUACUGCUGCUACAGGUGGUGCUGCUGCUACCGCUGCUGCGGCUGCUGCGGAUGAGUUCAGCUACCCGCUGGUGUUCGGGCUGGAGGCGCUGCAGCAGCUGGCGGAGGCGGGCGCAGCUGCGGCCGCCGCCCGCGACUGCGAGCUCACCUCCCUGCUGGCGGCGCGGGAGCGGCGGCGGCGCGCGGCGGCCGCGGCGGCGGACGAAGCCGCGGCGGCGGCGGCGGACCAGGCCCUGGCGGCGGCGGAGGCGGCGCGGGCGGCCAAGGCGGCGGCGGCGGAGGCGGCGCGGCUGGUUCGGGCUCGGCUGCUGGCGGAGCAGCGGCAGGCCAUGGAUGCACGGGAGGCCAGCCUGCGUGCGGAGCGCGAGCGGCACAUUGCCGAGGAGCAGGCGGUGGUCGCCGAGGCAGUGCUGCGCGACCACAACCAGGCGGCGGCGGAGCUGGCGGCGGAGCUGGCCCGGCUGCGGGCGGCGUACGGCGGCGCGGCGUCGUACUCGGAGGCGGCGGCGGCGGCUGGCAUUGGCGGCGGCGGCGGCGCGGGUGCCGGCGGUGGAGCAGGCGCCGCGGCCGCUGCCAGUGUUGGCGCUGGUGCUGUUGGCGGUGGCGGGUUGCUGCUGGGACCGGGCGAGAGGGCGGCGGAGGCGGCGGCGCGGCUGCGGCGGUGCGAGUGGCGGGAGGCGCGGAUGGCGCUGGCGGCGCGGCGGCGGAUGGUGUGGCAGGGCAUUGAGGCGGAGGAGCUGCACCAGCUGCGGCGCCUGGUGGCCGCGGCCCGGCACACCGCAGCAGGAGCUGGGACAGCGGCGGGCGGGGCAGCAGCGGCGGCAGGGCUAGGCGCAGGGGCUCCCCACACCGCCGCUGCUGGUGGUACUGAUGACGGCGGUGGGGCAGGUGCCGAGGCGGCCGGGGGUUUGGCGGAAGGGGCGGCCGGUACCGGCGCCGGCGCCGACAGCGGCGGCGUGCGGCCGACUGCCUUCCUGCUAGGGCUGGAGGCGGCGGCGGCGCAGCAGGCUGCCGAGGCGGCGGCGGAUGGCGACGGACUGCUGGCGGCGGCGGGGUCCGUCGAAGUGGACGCCACCGCAGCGUCAGCUAUCGCAGGCGGGGAGAGCGCUGCGGCCGCUGAGGCUGAGGGGCAGCUGGAGGCAGCGGUGGCGCCGCCGCCGGCAGACACGGCAGAGGGCGGCGACGACGUCGGCGGCGGCCGGAGCACGGCGGCUGGUGACGGGCCUGGGGCUGGGGCCGCCGGGGAUGCCGGGGCGGGUGAUGCAGCCGUCCCAGAUGGUGGGCCGCGGCUGCUGCUGGGGGUGGCGGGGGCGCCAGUGGCGGGCGGCAGUGCCGGGCCGGUACAGCAGCAGCAGCAGCAGCAGCAGCAGCAGCAGCAGCAGCAGCAGCCGUGGGGCGGGCUGGGCUCACCUCGCGGCGCCCACCUGCGUGCCAGGCGGCGCGGCCAAGCAGUCGGUACCGGCAACGGUAGUGGCAGCGGUGCUGGUGCUAGUGCUGCAGGUGCUGGCGGCGGCGGCGGCGGCGGCGUGCCGCCAGCCAUGUCGCCCCUCCGCCCCAGCACCGCGGCCUCGCUAGCCGCCGGCGCUGCGCCCGGCUCGAUGCCGCUGCCCGCGCUGGCCUCGCCCUCCCUCACCAUCCACGGCCACCCGGAGGCGCCGGUCGCGUCAGUGGGCGGGUCCCUGCUGUCCCCGCGCGCCGGCCCCGGUGGCGGCGGCGGCGGUGCGGGUGCGGUGCCGGCCCGGCCGCCGCCGCACUCGGGUGCCAAGCGCCGCCUGUCCAUUAGCGGCAGCGCCGGUUUCGCGCCGCUUGGGGGCAGUGGCGGUGGCUUCAGCGGCGCAGGUGCGGGCUCGCGGCCGCCUUCCUCCGGCGGUGCCGGUGGCGGCUUCGCGCCGUUCGCUCCGGGCCAGGGGGCCAGCUUCGUGCUCGGGGGUGCUGGGUUCGGCGGCGGUGGUGGGUUCGGCAGCGGCAGGCCGUCUUCGUCAGCGGGCAUGGGCCGCGGCGGGCGUGGCGGCGGCGGCGGGCUGCUGCUGCAGCAGCUGCACAGCCGCCACGCGCGGCGGCGGUGGGGCCAGCCGGUGGACUCUGCGGGAGGCGCGGCCGCAGCCGGGGGCCCGGGCGCAGCGGUGGUGGAGGGAGGGGCAGAGGUACUGCGCCUGUCGGCGGCGGCGGCGGCAGCGCCCCCCACGCCGGCAUGGAGCACCUACGGCGGCUCGGAUGCAGGCGGCUUCGGACCCCAGGGCACAUCCGCCGUCACACCAGGUUCGGUGGGCAGCGCCGCUGCUGGCGGCGGCGGCGGCCGCGCGGCGGCGGCGCUCCGAUGGCACCACCAGCAGCAGGUGCGGCAGCAGGAGGCGGCAGCACAGAGGCUGGCAUCCGCCGACGUCGCCACCGGCGCCGCCGCAGCAGCGGGAUACGGCUUUGGUGAGGGCGGCGACGGCAGCGCGGCGGCGCUGGAGGCGGCACGCGCGCAGCGCCGGCGCGCUCUGUGGAAGCUGCCGCCGCCGCAAGCGCCGCCGCCGUUCGGCGGUGCCGUUGAGGGCCUGGGGCUGGGCCUUCUUGUCGCCGGCGGGGGCUCGCCCGUACCGCUGCCGGGACAGCUGCUGGGGCCCGCGGUAACAGCGGCGGCGGCGCCAGGGGCGGUGGACAGCCCGGUGAAGGCGCUGCUGCAGGAGCUGCAGCGGCGGCGGCGCGCUGAGGAGGAGGCAGGGCCAGCCGGCGGCGGCGCUGCCGGGCUGCGGCUGCGGGACAUGCGCACCUGGCAGCCGGCCAGCAAGCAGCAGCGGGGGCAGCAAGGUCAGGGGCAGCAAGUGGAGGGCGGGGGUGAGCCGGAUGCGCGGGCGCUCGCGCUGCCGGAUGGCGGCCGCGUCAGGGAAAUCGGCGGCGGCGGCACUGAGGAGCCGGCUGCGUCGGCAGCGGCGGCGGGGCUUGAGGAUCUGUCGUACGCGCCCGUGAGCGUGGCGGUGCAGACGUGUCUGUACGGCACCGUACUGGCGCAGUACCGCCUGACCAGCCGUGCGGUGUGGCACGUGCUGGUGCGGGAGUACGGCCUGUUGGAGUACUGCAGGGCGCUCAGGCGCUUUUUCUUCUGCGAGGCCGGCGACGUGGCGGGGGCGCUGGGUGCCGCCCUCACGGCGCGGCUGCAGUCCCGGCCCGCCUGCCCGCCCUCCUCCGGCGAGCUGCGCCUCAUGCUGGAACAGGCGCUGGCAGGCAGCAGCGUGGCGGCCGUGCCGGCGCCGUCGGCGGCGGCGCUGUCCGCCAUCAGCAGUAGCAACAGCGGCAGUGGCAGUAGCAGCAAGAUGGAGGCGGCGGACGGCUUGAGGCCGUUGUGGCGGGCGGGCAGCAGCGGCCGGUCUGGGGCCGCGGGUGCGGGCGAGUGCGAGUGGCGGCUGCAGCUGUCGGUGCGCUCGGUGCCGGGCCGCAGCCUGGGGGGCGGCAGUGGCGGCGGCGGCGGCGGCUACUUUGGCUCGGACGUAAUGGUGGUGACGUGCACGGUGCCGCCGCCUCUGGACGGCGUGGUGACGCCCCCCGACGUGGGCUGCUACGCCGACGUGCUGAGCAUGCUGCUGCGCCUGCGCUGCGCCGGCGCCGUGCUGGCGGGCUGCUGGAGCCGGCUCAACGCCGCCACGCACGCCCUGCCGGCGCUGGAGCUAGGGGGAGGGGCGGCGGCCAGGGCCGCUGGACGGGAGGAGCGGCGGGCAGUCGGCCCGGCCCCGCCGCGGCGUCAGGCGGCGGGCGCUGGGGGCGGCGGCGGUGGUGCUGGCGGGCGGGGCCCGGCGGCCAGCGGCGGACUGCACCCGCUGUGGCAGAAGCGACUGGCGCUGGCGAGGCUGUGGCUGCAGGCCGCGUCGCAGGUGGUGUCGCUGCUGCUGCAGCACAUCCAGGUGGAGCUGACGGGGCGGUGCUGGGAGGGCCUGGAGCGCGACGUGUGUGGCGGCAGUAGCAGCAGCAGCCGGGGCGGCAGUAGCAGCAGCACGCCCCGGGACCUGGUGCAGCUGCGGGAGGCACACGCCAGGUACUUGCGCGCAGCUCGGGAGGUCUGCCUGCUGCCGCCCGCACACACAGUGCCGGCCUGGGCGCCAGGCGGCCCGGACACGGCCUGCGGGGUCGCCAGCGGCAGCAGCAGCAGCGGCAGCAGCAGCGGCAGCGGCAGCAGCAGCGGUGCCCUGCCCGUGCCCACAGUCCAGCAGCCGCAGCCGGCCAGCGGCUCGAGUGGGGGCCUGCCGGCGGCGGAGCUCAUGUCGGCGCUGCAGGCGGCACACGCGCUCGCGGCGGUGCUGCGGCGCGCACUCGUGGGGCUGGAGGCGGCGGCAGCGGUGGAGCCGGCGGCGCUGGCGGCGCCGCCGCGGCAGCCCACCGUGACUCCGGUGCUGUCUGCCAGCCGUGGCGGCCAGGCGGCGCCGUCGCUGGGGCCUGAGCGGCCUGGGGCCGGCAGCCACAAGCCCGGGGCUGUCGUGAAAGAAGCGGUGGUGGUUGCGGCGGCGCAGCCUCGCGAUGUGGAGUUGGACGACAUGUGGGCGCAUGUGGCGGCGUGUCAGGGGCGGCUGGGCAGUGUGUUGGCGGCGCUGCAUGGGGCGCUGGUGGAGGCGGGCGCGGGCGGCGGCGCGGGCGGCCCGGCGGCGGAGAGCGGUCCGCUGGGGGAGCUGGUGGCUGUCCUGCGGCGGGACCCCGUGCGGCCGCUGUUGCGACUGCACUCCCGGGGCGUGUAGGAAUGGGGGGGGUUUGGCUAGGACUUGAAGGCGCUGUGAUCGAGGGCAGGGGGUUAUGCUCGCGGUUGAGGACUAUACCUGGAUACCUGGAGGCUGCCUGCUGCUGUACUGUGGUCCCCCCGCCCCACGAGGCACUGAGGAAUGAAAUUUCGCGAGCCGUAAGGUGCCGGAAACAGCUAAUACGGGCUGCGCUAGUGGUGGACUUGACUGUAUGUAUCGAAUGAGUAUCAGCGCGGGUCCAAUGGAGGCUGCUGGCUGCUCGGAGCGCGCGGCCGUCGCGGUUGGGUCCGGCGAGCCUGGAGUCAGCGCGCGCGCUCGCAGCGACGCGCCUGGCUCGCAGCCUAUCGUGCGCACUUCGUCGCCCAAAGUCGCGGUAUACCGUAUGUCGCGCGCUCAGCGCGGGCGUGUUCGUGGGCAAGUCCGUCGGCCGUCGCUGCCCCCCUCUGUGCGCACCCAGUGCAACGUAGUC